ACAUGAUGAAGGUGCCAUGAGGGAAAACAAAGUGGUGAUCUGUUGUUUAAACUCUGCAGCAUGAUGGGGUUGGGCCUCCGCUAUAAAUGUCAAAACACCAAAGCAUCCUUUCCACAUUAUGAGCCCGUGUGAGGCUGUUCGGCUUCUUUCAUCCGACAGUAAAGAUAAGUUUGUCGACUGAUCUCCUGAAAUGAUGGAUGCAGAGGAGUUGAUUGAAUCCAUCAUCAGAGCACUCAUGUUUAUAGCAGGGAUCCUGGGAAACAACUGGCUGGCUAUCUCCUCCCUGCCCAAGCUGAAAUCUGGCAUCCGCACCAACGAGGUCCUUUUCAUCAACCUGGCUCUCUCCAACCUCAUCACCAACUUCCUGGUGGACCUGCCCGACACCAUCGCAGACUUCAGCGGACGCUGGUUCCUGGGGGAAGCCUUCUGCGGCGUCUUUCGCUUUUGCGCCGACCUAUCCGAAACCAGCAGCAUCUUCACGACCUUCUUCAUCAGCGCCUUUUGGCACCAGAAGCUGGUCGGCUCCCUGAAACGUGGAGGCGCUCCGGUGCAGCUGGACAAUCUCUGCCUGGUGAUGUGUCUCCUGGCCGGGAGCUGGACGGUGGCCGUGGUCUUCAGCGUCCCACACUUCUUCUUCGUCUCGGUGGAAGGGGGGAAUGGGAGCGAAGAGGAUUGCUUAGACGUCUUCCCCAGUGCUCUUGCCCAGCAAACAUAUGAGGCCAUUUAUUUAACCGUGGCUAACGCUUUCCCUCUUGCUGGGAUUGUAUUUGCGAGCGUCCAGAUUGUCAUUACUUUGUACCAAAAUCAGCGGCGUAUACGGGGUCAUAACUCUGAUCCAGCCAAGGAGGUGGUUGAAGAGGAAAACAAGAGUCUUGAAAACAGAGAUGAUGAGAGAUCCCUAAGCACUGUUUCUGGUCCAGGCACCUCAAAAGACCUCAAUUCUUCGUGUCCAAACAGAGGGCCAUCAGAUCAGAGUGCCCACAUCGCUCCCUUCAACAGAGAAACGGAGAGCAGAGCUGGAGCCAAACCAAAUGUUUCAAGGCCCAACCAGAUGCCAUCAAAGCCCAGUUCCAACACAAGCACUCAGGUGAGGGCAGCCAAGAGUGUGGUAGCUGUAGCCAGCGUGGUCCUGGUCUGCUGGCUGACUCAUCUGCUUCUGCGCAUCACCAACAACAUCCACACUUCAUCAAUAGUAGUGGAGGUGGCCAGCUACAUCGCAGCCUCCUACACUUGCAUCAUCCCUUACAUAUUCCUGCACGGAGUGAAAAAACUUUCUUGCAAGUGCAAAAGAUAGAAAUGUGGAGAUCACAUCCAGUUCUUUCUCUUGGACUUCUGGUUAUGUAAAGUGAAGACAGCUUGUCCCUGAUGCUAAAAUGUGUAGUUGUCCACUCAGACAUGUUUCUCCAGCGUCGUCUCUUUUAUUCAGCUGUCAAACAUUGUGUUAAACAGCCUCAAUGUGAACUCAUCCAUGUGUUGCUACUGCACCAUUAAAAACUACAUCUGAAAUAGUCAGAAUAGGUCCUUUAAUUCAUUUGCUGAUACCUUCCUUGCAUGACAUUAAAAAGCUGUCAAAAGACAGAGAAGUACAUCCAGCAUUCGUUUUAAGCAAAUGUUUUGAAGGUUUUGAUUAGUCCAAAGUUAUUACUAAACCUUAGUGAGACUUUCAGGAUGUGGUGAGUAUCCUGAGUGUAUCACUGAAAGCUGAAAAUGAAUUGUGACAGUUUAUUUGACAGGGCUUCAGCAUUUUUAGAAUGACCGAUCUGAUGUUCUCAGGCUGAUGGAGUUUGUAUCUAUUGUACAGUCUUUGAAAUAUUUUACUGAAGUUUGAAAUAAUCAUUAUCCUUAUUAACACGGUUAUUUUAUUUGCUGAUUUUUCAUUAGAGGAACUACAUCAGAUGUGUUUUUACAUUUUUAAAAUGAUUUGUCAUCAGUUCAGUCCUUCACUUCUUAAUAAUAGUAAAAACAUAUCUAAAGUAAACUUUCAGAAAGUCAGCAGAUGUGAAAUACUUCUGCACACAAAACGAU